GCGCGGUCGUGCUGCGUGUCCGCUAGUCCGAGCGCUCCCUCACAUCCAUCCACGCAAUCCGUCGAGAGCUCCCUGCAUAGCUCCUUUCAUCCAUCCCACCAAUCCAUGUUUCAGGCGCUUGUUGUCCUGCCUCGAUGAUCAAGCGCCAGCAGUCAAGCCCUGCUGGACGCAAGAUGCUGGAAGAAAGACUCGACUUGGGCAGACCAGCCUAGCCAGAAAGAAUCAAGAUCGGGAAAGAAGCUCGAGUCGGGCUGCGCAUAUACCUCUUAUUCACGAUGUGACCCGCUGCUAUUAAAGGGUAGGCACUGUCUCUCAGAACCCCGAGCCCCUGCUUCCGUCGUGCCUCUUCAGCGUUCGAGAGACGACUACCCCUAUCCCCAGCCUUCCGCUCUUCGCACCUCUCGUCAAGAAGCAGACUCUUCCGAUUCCAUCGUCUUCUUUACACGCCUUUGCUCGUUCAUGGACGACAUCAACGAUUCAGACUUGGACGCUCAGCGCUUGGCCAACGCCGCCGCCAUCGACUCGGACACUGAAUCUUUGCCUGGUCGCCAAUCCAUUCAAGCGUGUGUCAACGACCUUGCAACCAAGCUGGGAUCGGCACAAUCAGUCAAGAUGCCUGUUGAGCGACAAUCUGAACAAAUGAACGCGCCUCCGCCUCCACGACGAUCUGGGAGACUGCAAAAGCAGGCGUCUAAAACUCAUAAGCAAAAUCAUAAGCAGGCGGCACAAACUCAUAAGCAAAAUCAUAAGCAGUUUGGACACAUCCCGGACGUAGUUGUCGGAUCCUGGUGGUCGGACAGAGAGGAAUGUUCUGAAGCUGCAGUGCACGCUCCUACUGACAAUGUGAUCUCUGGCAAUCCUCGCAAAGGCUGCUGGUCAUUGAUUCUCACAACUGCACAUGAAGUCGAGGAGGACGAAGGCGAUACUUUCAUCUUCUUCGGCAGCGAGCCGAUCAAACCUACCGGAAAGAAGACUCACCACCAAUCUCUCAGCCACGCCUCGAUUGCGACUCUCAAGAAGAGUGUUGAAACAGCAGAACCGAUCCGCGUGGUUCGCGGCUACCAAGUACAGAAUUGUUUUGCGCCUCUCAAAGGCUACUCCUACUCUGGACUGUACAGUAUCAAGUGGUCCACGAUGCUGCGCGGACCGGCCGGCGCGGUCGUUCACUGUUUCUUUUUCGUACGAUGCGAGCAUCAGCCUUCUUUGCCGUCCUAUGACCGGGACUCGUCGCCGUACCCCACCUUGAGCCCUCUACAAGAAGAGCAUGCCGCUGAUGCUGACGACGAAAAUGACGACGACGACGAGUCGAUUCACUCAGGCCCUGUUCGAAGCCAAGAUCCGACCUACGUCGCCAAUGUCCCACUACCAUGGAACAGUCAUGCAGGCGCUGCACUCAACACUGCGCCGGGACUCGAACCACUUCCCGACUCCACUCUCGGUCUCCCUCCUCACACCGAUAGAGGCCACGACGACGAUGCAGAUGCGGCGGCCGUCUCUCAGCUUCUUGGGGACGAAACAUCGCUUCGCGACCUCGACAACUCCAUCACAGCAGCCUCAUUCACUCUAAAGCGCGCCGCAGAUGAGGCACUACAGCCAACCACCGGCGACGACGACAAGCAAGUUGACGAUGAGGUCACCGGCGACGACGACAAGCAAGUUGACGAUGAGGUCCAGCUGAUUUCUGUGUACCGUCCAGAAUUCGACUCGGCCAGCGGUCGCAACCGUCGCAUGCGUCUCGAACGUCAAGAACGUCGUAACCAACUUUCGAAUGGCGGAGCAGUUCAAAGUUCGCAAGCACUGCCAUCAACCAGCAAUCAAGAUGGCGACGACGUCGAGAUCACCAUGCAGCGGCGUCUCGGUCAACCUCGCCUCGCUGUCUGGACUGGAAACGGCCAACCGCCCAUUCCCAGCAUACAAGACCUCGGCGACGCGGAUGCCUACGCAUCUCAGCGCGCGCGUCGUCGACGUCGCACAGAGCCAAGCCCACAUAUCUGGCUCCCUAACCAUCCAAUCUUUUCGUACGACGAUCCUUUUGCCCGCCUGCCAACUCCACCUCCUGGCUGGGACUCGGCCGUCGAAAUGACUCCGCCUCCCGGCUGGGACUCGGCUGUUGAAGUGACGGCAUAAGGGUCGAGGGUCCGGGAAGCGUACACUUCCUCUACCUGGAUCAUUAUGCCGUCAUUUCAACAGCCGAGUCCCAUCCCGGAGACGGGAUCCUUACAUCCACUUCUUGUGCCGAGUCCGAGGUGCCCCUGCCCCCGCGUCGAGCCAUGUAGACGCCUGUCAAGUGAUCAUUCUAACGUCGAGUGACUGCUGAAGACGCCUCUCAAGUGAAUCAAUACAUCC